CGUGAUUGAAACCGCUGUAAGGCAAGAGAAGCAGAUGCAGGUGCCCUGAUUCUGUCAGUCAGAUCUUUCUCCGCGAGUGCCUUUCUUUGGCAGAUCACAAGAGAGAGAGAGAGAGAGUUGUGUGUCUAUCAGUGUCUGUCUAUCGUGACACUCCUGCUGUCUGCCUCUCGAGGAUCUGAUCUACCCGCAGCGCAGCGCACCCACGAACUAACAAGCCAAGAUGGGAGCCACCCCAUUUGUGCAGGUCUGCGUCCACUCCGGCAGACAGAUGUACAACACAGGUAAGUACGUCCCUGCAGCGCGGCCCUUUCUAUUGAGUCAUUGACCUCCUCCUCAGCCACAAUAAUGGUCUGUCUGUCUGUCUGUCUGUCUGUCUGUGUGUCCCCUGCCUGCCUGGCUGGCAGAGACCUUCGGCAAGAUGGAUCCCUACGUCAAGAUCAAGGUCGGCAACAGCGUGGCCAAGACGCCCACCAAGACCAACGCGGGCAGUGAGGCCACGUGGGAGAUGAGGUGCCAGAUGCCUUACCACGGGGAGCCAACCAUGACGUUCGAGGUGUGGGACGAGGACAAGUGGAGCAAGCACGACCUCUCGGGCGUUGCAGAGGUCAAUCUCAAUGCCAUCAUACAGGUCAGGUGAACGUCGCGGCUGGAGAUGAGAGCGGAUGAUGUGAUUGAUGCUCGUCUGGGCAGCUGGGCUCACACGCUGGUGUGUUGUGUUGUUGCCUUGUGGGUGCUGCAGCACCCGACCCGAUGCUACUCAGGGGAUCUGCAGCUGACGCACAAGGGCAAGAAGUUCGGCGGCCACCUGAAGGUGACCAUCAGGUUCUUGGGGGGAGACCUUCAACACACCACCCACCACCAGCAGCAGCAGCAGCAGCCGGCACCAGCGGCAGCGACCGUCGUCCAUGUGACACAGCAGCAGACACCCGCCCCUGCCCCGGUUCCGUCUGCACCUCCUGCAUAUGACGAUGAGCCGCCCGCAAGCAGCGGAGGUCAGUGUCCGCUUCGUCCGUGCGGUGUGAUGUGAUGUGAUGGGAUGUGAUGCGAUGACUGUUGUGUUAUUGGCUGUGCAGGCCCGAGCACAGGCAUGUCAGGCGGACAGCAGCCCCCUGGUGGCCUCUACCCUUCGAUCAACGCGCCCUCCGCCCCACCGCUGUACGAUCCCUCUGCGCCGCCCCCUGCCCCUGCUCCUGCAGCCCCGACCCCUCCCUCUAACUACCCCUCAUAUCCACAGCAGCACCAGCAGCAACAGGCCAGACCUGGCCCUACUUAUAUGGACAUGCUGGGCGGAGGAGGGGGCGGCCAUGGCCAUGGUCAGCAGCAGCAGCCCUAUAACGCCCCCUAUGGACACCAACAGCAGCAGCAGCAGUAUAGCUACAGCCACCAACACCAGCAGCAGCACUAUCAGCAUCACGGUGUGGGGAUGGGUAUGGGUAUGGGUGGGGUCGGCGGCCUCACUGCAGGAAUGGCCGGCCAGCAGCUCUUCCACAACGCCAUGAACAUGGGCGGUAAGCCAGCCAUCCAGCCUCUCCCCUCCCCUCCCCUCCCCUCCCACACACAUCAUGAUGAAUGGAAUCCAAUCCACACACACGGACGUUCAUAUCUUCUUGCAGCCGGCCACAAUCAGACCCACAAGAAGAAGAAAAAACACAAGAAGGAGAAGAAAUUCGGUCUCGGCGGGAUGGGGAUGGGGGGCGGUCUCGCUGCCGGGGGCCUGGCAGGCCUGGCCUUGGGAGCGGCGCUGGGCGGUCUGGGCAGCAGGAGCAGCAGCUGGUCGAGCUUUGGCAGCUGGGGCAGCUGGAGCUCCUGACUGACCGAUCGGUCGGCCGGGUGCCGGGUGCUCUAGCUAGCGUGUGUAAGGUAAGGCGGUGUGGUGUGAUGUGAUGUGUUCUUUGCUUAAUGCAAGCGGUCGGGACGUGGUGCUGUUUUGGUGAAUCAAUCGGUGUGAAGGGUGCCGGAUGUGUCCGUCUGUGGUCGGGGGGCUGCGCUAUGGUGGAGUGUGGGUGUUGUGGUGUACCCUGUGCGUGUUUUGACGCUUUCUGAUUGAUGUGAUGAUGUGC